UCAUCAUCCACUGUCGGUGGAUAUGUGAGCCGCUUGUCAACUCGUAACGGAUAUUUCAAAACCAUGUAACGACGCUGCUCGUUUUAAUUUUUUAGACAACAACGCCACUCGUUCGUUAUUGACGUGUCGGGCGCAAAGAGUCACCCCGUAGUCCCGGAGCGGACUUCAUUCGGAGCACUUGAUGAAGUUGUGAAGCGUUUUUUUGGUUGCCGGAGGCUCAGGCUUCCGCGAUGACGGAGCGCACCCCGCUCCUCCACUACCGCCUCUCCACCAGCGUCAAUGAGUCCGAGCGGCGGGCCCCGCCGGCCGGCCGGCCCCCGGAGCAGCAGGGGUGGCAGGAGCAGCAGCAGCAGCAGCAGCAGCGGCCGGGCGGUGCCGGGAGGAGGUCCGCCCAGCCGGGGCAGCCCAAGAAGCUCUCCACCUUCUUCGGCGUGGUCAUCCCCACCCUGCUGUCGAUGUUCAGCGUGGUGGUCUUCCUCCGGAUAGGAUUCCUGGUGGGCCAGUCCGGACUGUACCAAGCCAUUGCCAUGUUACUGGUGGCCUACUUCAUCAUCUGUAUGACCGUGCUGUCAGUCUGUGCAAUCUCCACCAACGGAGCCCUGGAUGCUGGGGGAGCCUAUUACAUGAUCAGCCGAGCGCUGGGUCCGGAGUUUGGUGGCAGCAUCGGCAUCAUGUUCUUCCUGGCUAACGUGUGCGGCAGUGCUCUGUAUGUGCUCGGUCUGGUUGAGGCUAUUGUGGGCACCUUUGGGCUGCCGGAGGACGGGACUAUGGCCACUUCCCCCUACCAGGUCUUACCGUCGGGCUACUGGUGGUCUCUGCUUUAUGCCACAGCCAUCGCCUUGCUUUGCCUGCUGGGUUGCCUGGUGGGAGCCCACAUCUAUGCCAAGGCCACCUUCAUCAUCUUUUUGGUUGUCAUGUUCGUCCUGGGCACCAUCUUCAUCAGCUUCUUUGCCGUUGGGCCCCGCACCCUCACCCUGCCCGGCACUGCCACGGUGAACGGAACUGGCCCUGUGCUUCCCACCACGGCCAACUUCACUGGCUUCAAGUUGGACACGCUGCUCGGAAACUUGUGGGCCGACUACACGUUGGAUUACACAACAGAAACGAUGAUGACCUUUGCCACAGUUUUCGCUGUGAUGUUUAAUGGCUGCACCGGCAUCAUGGCUGGUUCUAACAUGUCAGGUGACCUGAAAAAUCCCAGCUAUUCCAUCCCCCGGGGCACUAUCACAGCCGUCAUCUUCACCUUCAUCAUCUAUAACUUGCUCAGCGUGCUGGUGGCAUGCUCCUGUGAUCGCAUUCUGCUGCAGAGGGAUUACAGUUUCCUGAGGGACAUCAACGUCUGGAAACCCUUCGUCACAAUCGGGGUUUACUCCUCCACGCUCUCUGCUGCCAUGAGCAACCUCAUCGGAGCCUCACGCAUCCUCUACGCCCUGGCCAGGGAUGACUUGUUCGGUAAGGUUCUUUUUCCAGCCAAGAAGACGUCACACAGCGGUAACCCCUGGGUCUCCGUGAUCCUCUCCUGGUUCCUUGUGCAGCUGGUGCUGUUCUCAGGGAAGCUCAACACCAUCGCCAGCAUUGUGACCAUUUUCUUCCUGUUGGUGUAUGCUGCUGUGGACCUGGCCUGCCUCGCUCUGGAGUGGGCCUCGGCACCAAAUUUCAGACCCACCUUCCGUUACUUCACCUGGCACACGUGUGUGUUGGGCAUUGUGGGAUGUGCCGUCAUGAUGUUCCUGAUCAACGCCAUCUAUGCCUCGGCCAGCAUUGCCUUCAUGCUGCUGCUGCUUCUGCUGAUUCACUACCUCAGUCCCACCUCCAGCUGGGGCUACAUCAGCCAGGCUCUCAUCUUCCACCAGGUGCGCAAGUACCUGCUGAUGCUGGACGUGAGGAAGGACCAUGUCAAGUUCUGGAGGCCUCAGGUCUUGCUGAUGGUUUCCAACCCUCGCAGCAGCGCGGGCCUCAUCACCUUCAUCAAUGACAUCAAGAAGAGCGGCCUUUACGUGCUUGGCCACGUCCAGCUCGGAGAUCUUGACACUUUGCCGUCAGACCCUCUGCAGUCGCAGUACGACUCCUGGUUGUCCCUGGUGGACCACCUUAACAUCAAGGCCUUCGUCAACCUCACCCUGGCUGAUUCUGUGCGUCACGGAAUCCAACAUUUGCUCUUCAUCUCUGGACUUGGUGGGAUGCGUCCAAACACCCUCAUCCUUGGUUUCUAUGACGGCUGUCCUCCAAAGGACAGGCUGGUCGAUCCGACCAUGUCUGCCAGUCUGUCCACAGACCCCUCGGACCCUUCUCAGGAGCUUGGGCAGGAACCUCCUCUCUUCCAUUUUGCCCCCCUGCGGGCGUCCAGCGACAGGAAAGACUGUGGGGAAUGUGGCGAUGGGAAGGCUCUGGGGCCCCGGGAGUAUGUGGCGAUUAUUGCUGAUGCCAUGAAGAUGCUUAAGAACGUGGUGCUGGCUCGAUACUUCAACAACUUUGACCGAGCUCAGAUCCUGUCACCGCCCUCCUCCUCUCCAUCGAAGGGGGCCGUGUACGUUGACGUCUGGCCGGUCAACCUCCUGCGUCCCGACAGCUGCAGCUACGUCGACACCUGCUCCCUGUUCCUGCUGCAACUCGCUUGCAUCCUCAACAUGGUGAGAGCCUGGCGAAAAGCUACGCUCCGUCUCUUCCUGUGCGUGGAGGAUGGACGGAGCGUGAGAGGCUCAGAGGAGAAGCUGGGUCAGCUGCUGAAGGAGUUGCGGAUUAAAGCCCAGGUCUAUCCCGUGCCCUGGGACCAGCAGGUGGCGCUCCACUGGCAGCGUCAAGAAAAGUGGGGCAACAAGCAGCAGUCACAAUCCCCCGAUGCCACCGAAGAAGAGAAGAAGCCGAGAACAGACGAGGAGGAGGAGAUUGACGAUUACGUCAACAGCUUCCCGAGCAACACCACGCGCCUGUCGGACGACUACCUGUCGGCUGUCAAUAAGCUGAUCCUGGACCAGGCCCGGCCACCGCCCGCCGUGCGCUUCCUGUAUUUGCCCCGCCCUCCCGCCGACACCCGGCGCUACGCCGCCUACUUGCACCAGCUGGAGCUGCUGACUCGUGACCUGGGCCCCACGCUGCUCAUCCACGGAGUCACCCCCGUCAUCACCACGGAUAUUUGAGAGAUGCCCCCACCGUGUCCCCACCCGCUGCUGAAGCUCUUUUAAUACAGUGUCACGACAGACCUCACCACUGCCACGCUACCGACCACUCCGCUCAACGCUCCACUUUACAUUCACGAUUGGCCGUCACUGCUGAUUCACACACACACCUUCUGCACGAUACGGAGCAAUGCAGAACAAAAUCUUUAGAGGUGCAGCCUUUUUUUUUCAUAACAUUUAAGAUAUUUAAGACCAGACAUUAUACGGUACAGCUUGGCCACUUGGAGAUGACAGAAAAUAGUUUCCUAAUAUUUCACGUUUUAUUGAUUUUUAUUUGUGUUCUUAACUUGCAUCUCUCAACUUGAAGCUCUAGCACCUGAAGGCACCAUCAUUUUUUAUUUUUUCCGGCCUGCCUCGUCGUGACUCGUCAGUCGAAUGUAGAACCUGUGGAGCCAGCCGACCAAUUUAAACCAGCAAACAGCACACAAUGUUCUUUUGAACACGUUUGUUCCAGGGCUAUAAUACUGACGAAUGUGUCCAUGUAUCAACCGGCCCACAGGGGAGAAUCCACUCUAUUAAGUCCAUCUUCAUUCCUACUCAUGACGGAGGGGGCUGUCUAAUUCCUAAUGAUGACGUAUCCGCUGACUCCCCUUUUUUUCUUCUCUUGAAAUGUUCAUUUGGUGUGCUGUGGCUCAAGUUCCUCAAAAUGAUCAUU